AUGAGCAUUGUUACUUCCACUGAGUACGUCAAUGGUUGGAACAAGGAGAAUAAUGAUAUACCACAUUAUCUUGUAGAUUUAACAGAAAGACAUUUAUCAAAUUUCGAGGUUCUAAAUUCCUUAGCUUUGCUGCAAAAUUAUGAAAAUUUAUUUACGUUUAUUGAAUGUCAGGUUUAUGAGAACUUAAUAACAGGAUCCGUUCAAACUUUAUUGGUACCCCCUUUCGAUAUAUGGUUGAUCAUUUUGACUGUGGCCACUGUUUCAACAGCUAGUAAAGACGAAGUUCUACGAGAAAAUGAUGUCUAUAACGCCUCAAGAAUACCUUUGAACAAACGUGCAAUAAAAAUAUUGCAUGUGUACAGUGAUAUACUUACGAAGUUUAAUGUAAAAAAAUAUAAUCAGUAUGACUUAGAAUUAUUAAGAUGUCAAAUAUUUAUAGUGGUAGAUACGCUCUUGCCGCAAACCAAUAGAAAUGUAUUUGGAAGAGCAUCUGGUCGGACAUUAAGAAACCAAGUGUAUAGCCCAACCUUUGGAGAAUUAAAGAAUCCAUAUUUAUCCUAUAGAGAUUGCUUACAACUUAUAGAUAAUGUUCUAGGUAAUAAGUUAAUAAAUACAAAAUUUUCACAACCAGGGGAAAUGAUCAACACAUUUAUCUUUACCUUGUCAAAUUCAUUACAAGGAAAUUUUGACAAUAAUGGUCAAUUUCUUAAUGUCAUUGAAUCGUGGCUUCCUAUUUUUAGUUUUCUUCUUGAUAUGAUACUACUGCGACAAAAUUAUUUUAUCAAAAAUGAAAUUGGAAAAUCAGGCUCUGCAAUCACCCCUACAUUAUUUACGCAACAGUUAAUAGAAAGUCCUAUAUCUAAGUUCCUUAGAAUUAUUAAUUCUGUUCAAUUCACAGAACGUUUUAUCGAAUGUAUCUUUAUCGACUGUCCGGAUAAGAACAAACGAAGCAACUUUGUGAAUGAAGUUAAUACUGAUAACGUUCUUAAACUUUCAAGCACAUACGUAACAAGGACAUUUUAUCCACCAGAAUAUGUCUUACAAUGUUCUAUGAGACUGAGAAGACAAUUUACAUUUUUAGCUUUCCAUCUACUCUCCAUAGUCCCAAGCGGUCACGUGAUGGUUUCACCAAAAUUGAACAUUCAAACACUAAUAAGAGAUAUAUCUUUGGAACUUCGAUCCUUAAUUGAUAUUUCGCAUUUCCAGGCAUUUUUAUCUCCAGAAAAUUUAGAAAGGGAUAUUGUUUUUAUCCCAUUGCUCGCUGAAGGUGUCUUUAAUGGUCUAAUAGAAGAUAAUAGUGAUAUAUUUGAUGUGUAUCCGUCAGAUUUCUGUGACGAAGACUUGAGCACUAGUGACAAUAAUAGAUCUGAUGAUUCUGAUAAUACAUUUAAGGCUAACUUUGUGAACAACCUUGACACAAUUAAUGAGGCUUUAAGAGAGUAUACUUUAGCUUUAGAACUAUUGCUGAUGUCAGAAUGUUCUGUAAGUAAAAAAGUCCGACAAGAAGAAUACGAUAUCAAACUGAAAUGUUGCAUCUGUGUCUUAACCGUUUUUGAUUUCUUCUGUUUGUUACACGUAUCUCAGUUAAAAGUGGAAAAUCUUCAUACUUUGGAGAAAUUUUUAGAAUCUCUAAAGUCACUGGCAGAAAAUUUUGAUCAAUUUUGUAUAGAGUAUAGCUUGGGACCAGAUCCGCAUGACAUAAUUCCAAACUUCGUAGAUAAGUUUUCGGCCAUGGGCAAAUUAAUACAUAACCUACGACAGGAUCAGUCAUAA